UUGUCAAAUCUGGAAUCGAAUUAAAAUUCCGAGUAUAACUUUUAAAUUUUAAUUAAAUCAUUAUUGUGUUACAAUUAUAGUUCUCAAAACGAAACAUGUCUUCGUUACAACCUAUCCACGCACUUAGUUUAGAUUCGGUCCAGCAGCAAGCUUUUGUCAAAUAUUUUCAGUCUCUACCCGAGAAACCUGCUACGACGGUGAGGAUUUUUGACCGCAAUGAUUACUACAGCGUCCAUGGAAGUGACGCAACAACUGCUGCGAGGGAAGUUUUUUCCACCGUAGCGAAUAUUAAGAAGAUGGGCAUUGAACCCAAUCGCCUUGACUAUCUAGUACUGUCAAAAGGAAACUUUGAAAUACUAAUAAAAAAGCUACUACUGGUGAGGCGUUAUAGAGUAGAAAUAUAUGUAGCCGAGGGUUCUGUGAAAGGAAGCGACUGGUCGCUGAAAUACAAAGGCUCACCUGGUUACCUGUCUCAGUUGGAAGAAAUCCUCGGCGAGGGAUUGGGAACAUCGGAUGACACGACACCAUGUUUGAUGGCUGUUCAUAUAAAGACAGAUGCAGUUACCAAAGGUCGACUCCUAGGCGUAGCAUGCAUCACAGCCGGUGACUACCAAAUGUCUGUGACGGAGUUCACCGAUGACGACUUACUCACGGAGCUAGAAACUAUCACAGUACAAAUGGCGCCUUCCGAAUGUCUUGUACCAAUUAGUGAACACGAUGAUUAUAAAGCUUUAAAAAAAGUUAUGGAAAGAACAAAUGUAACCUUAACAAAAUUGAAGAAGGCUGAAUUUUCAACGGAAGGACUUAUUCAAGAUCUGAAUCGGUUGCUUAAGUUUAAGGAGAAUCAACAACAAGAUGCCAACGCUUUCCCAGAGACAAGAAAAGAGGUCGCUAUGACCUGUUUGGCUGCUGCUAUUAAGUACUCUGCCUUGUUAAACGAUAGCACUAAUUUUGCAAGGUUUCAUUUAUCAACUAUUCAAGCUGAUUGCUUCCUACACUUAGAUUCUGCAGCAUUGUCGGCUCUCAACGUUUUUCCUGAACUUGGAGACACGUCGAACGCACCGUCAAGAAGUCUGUACGGCCUAUUAGAUAAAUGUCGUACGCAACAGGGCAAGCGACUUUUAGCACAAUGGCUUCGACAGCCUCUUCGGGACUUAAACUUGAUCAACGAGCGUCUGGACAUCGUGGAGAUGUUAAUGAGCAACUCCCAGCUUCGGUUACAGCUACAUGAAGAUCACCUUAGAAGGAUACCUGACCUCCAAGCAUUGGCGAGAAGACUUACCAGGAAGAAGGCCAAUCUACAAGACUGCUAUAGAAUAUAUCAGGCUAUCAAAAGGCUACCGUCACUGCUGCGCUGUCUAGCUGAAGCUGAGAAUGCAACAGUACAUUCAUCUAUCACGGAACCCAUAUCGGAACUGAAUGAGGACCUCGGCAAGUUUCUGGAGAUGAUCGAAACUACCGUCGAUAUGGAAGCUGUUGAUAGAGGCGAUUUCCUCGUAAAACCGUCGUUCGAUGAGCAGCUUCAAAGUUUAUAUGAGCAGUUGGAACAAAUGCAGUCCUCAGCUGAUAGGGAACUGAACAAGGCUGCCAGGGAUUUGGGCCUUGAUGCUGGAAAAACUAUCAAGCUAGAAAGUAAUCCUCAACAUGGAUUUUGUUUUAGAGUAACAUUGAAGGAAGAACAGUCACUACGUGGAAACAAGAAGUACACAAUAAUAGAUGCAGUGAAAGGAGGUGUUCGAUUCAAAACUAAAGCAUUGGAGAAUAUCACAGAUGAAUAUACUACAGCUAAAUCUAUGUACGAGAAGGAACAAGACAAAGUAGUCGCUGAGAUUGUGGGCAUAGCAGCUGGAUAUUCAGAAUGUUUAUUCUGUUUAUCCCAUAUUUUAUCUCGGCUGGACGUUCUAGUAUCGUUCGCAGUGGCUUCUUCUAUUGCUCCCAUACCGUACAUACGUCCUACUUUAACUGAGGAUAAUAAUGAAAUGGUGAUGGAAGGGUUGCGCCAUCCCUGUCUAGAGGUAGCUGAAGGCGUAUCUUAUAUACCCAACGAUGUUGUUUUCAAAAGAGGUGAAGGUAUCCUACACAUAGUGACAGGCGCCAACAUGGGAGGUAAGUCCACGUGGAUGAGGUCGUGCGGCGCGGCCUGCGUACUAGCGCACGCCGGGUGUCCAGUACCCGCCGCACGAGCCACGAUACCACGCCUGCGCGCUCUGGCCGCACGUAUCGGUGCUAGUGACGCUGAAGGACAGGGACAUAGUACCUUUAUGCGGGAGAUGAUUGACACUGCGGCCAUAUUACGGACUGCAACGGCAGAUUCGCUCGUUUUGAUAGACGAAUUGGGGCGAGGUACUUCAACAUAUGAGGGAUGUGGAAUAGCAUGGGCCAUAGCCGAAGAAUUAGCAACAAAGAGCCAAUGUUUCUGUCUGUUCGCGACGCACUACCAAGAGCUAACGCGACUGGCGAGUUCCCAUCCUGGCGUCAUCGUCAACUCUCACGCGGAGGCGUCGGUCCUUAACGGGCAACUCCUGCUACUGCAUCGCAUCGUUCCCGGCCCUGCAUUGCACUCGUUGGGAUUACACGUCGCUAAACUCGCAGAUCUACCCGAUUCUAUCAUUAAGUAUGCUGAAACUAAACAAGCGCAGCUAGAAAUUAAUUUGUUCGACGUAGAAGCAGCUGUGAAAUCAACAGAAACGAAGGAGGGACAGAAAUUAAUCGUAGACUUCUUGCGUAAAUGUAAGCAGGUACAAGAAGAAACAACUUCAGAUGAUAUUAUGAUGAAAGAAAUUGCAAAACUAAAGCAAGAAUUGUUACAAUCUAAUAAUAAGUAUGUCGAAUCUCUCAUGGCUUGAUACAUUUAUAAUUAAUUCUUUCAAUAAAUGUCUUGUUAUUUUA